AUGUCGAGCAGUGAUUCUGACCACGACAACGACCAAGUGGACCCGCUGGUGGACCGCCUUUUGCAGCAGGCGUCGCAGAUUGAAUCGAUCGCCAGAGACUUGGAGGCCUUCCCCACCCAACCAGAGGAUGAUCCCCUUCAUCGUGCCGACCCCUGGCGAGCAGGAGCAGCUGGUACCGCCACACCUGGUGCCGCAGGAGUACCCUCCGCCGCUGCAGCAGGCGCUGUUCCAGCUGUGGAGGCCGCCCCAGGAACAGUGGAGGCCAUCCACCAGUCCCUUUACAGGCAGCUCACGGAGCACGUGGACUCCACCAUGGCCGAGUUCAAACGCGCCACGGCUAUCACGGUGGCGACGGCGAUCCAUGCGGAGCAGGCUGCCCUGGCAAAGCGUAUCGACGCGAACGAGAGCGAGUUGGCGCAGCUCAAGCAGAGGAUCCAGGACUCCGAGGCCGAGCAGAAACGCCACAAGGAAGCCAUCGACACCAUCCAGAAGGCGUUGGCGAUCGCGGAAGCGCAGACGGCGGUCCCCGAUGUCAUCGCCGAGUCCGACUUCGACAGGCCUCCUGACCCCGCGGUCUUCUCCAUUGGAGCUCCAGACAUUGUGGCCCCGCAGCUGGUUCAGCAGGCCCUCGUGGGUUGGUUCAGGGACUCUGGAGAAUCCAAGGCCGACAUCGACUUCCGCCCCUUCAAACAGAAAGGUCGUGUUUCUGCGGUGGGCGUGCCUUUGGUGCGUCUGGACGUGGGCGCUGCGGCCAACAUCGAUACCAAGAUCAUCUGGAAUUAUGCCCAGGCCACGAAGCUUCACAUCGACACUGCCGCUAUCGAGCGCGCCUUCAACGACUUCUUCGCCGAGGACAGAGGACUCAAGCUGGUGUCGUGGAACGCUAGGGGCCUCCUCACGAUCAAUACCAAGAAGCGAAAACAGAAGUUCGAGUUACUGAAACAAUACAUGCGCAUGAACUACCUCAUCUUGAUCCAAGAACAGUUGGGGCCCUACCCUUCAAAUAUCAUGUCCUCUACAGUGGGGGCGGAGUUGCGAGUACUGGUGGAGACGACUGCGGCGUGGGUACCGACGCUACCAGCGGACCGAAUACACACCUCUGGCACGAAGCUCACGAUUGUCCACACUGUCCUCGCAGUUGGGCGCGUCCAGGUUGCGGAGGUCUUUGCUGGCUCUUCUUGUGUUGGUGUCGCUAUGAAUAUCCACAACAUUGGCCUCACCAUUCGUCAUCGCAAGGAGAUAGACCUCAAAUGGAGACGCUAUGCUGCAUGGGCCUCUUCGUCGCCGAGAUCGCGGAUCUUCAUUGCCAUGGGCGACUUCAAUAUUCACGAUGAACCAGCUGUGUCAUUCUUGGCAGUGCUGGUUGACCCGACACUAUUGAGUGACCGACGGCUUAGUGACCAUGCGAUCUCGGGGCUUACCAUAGCGACGGCCAGGCCCAAGGUUGAUGAAGUUCAACAGAUCCCUGACUUCUUGUUCCAGACCCCGCUCUACCAGCAGUUCUAUGAGCGCUUGAUGUCCUGUUCUCGCACUAAGUGCGCAAGCCCGCAUAUGCUGUGGAGAAUCACGAAAGACAACAUGGUCCAAGCUGCUCGACUUACACGCAAUCAUCUCCUUGAAUUGCCUGGAGGACGUCGUUUUCAGUUCUCUGAUGAAGUUAAGCUGCUGGCCCUGCGAUCCAUCUCUCGAGCGGUAUGGCGGCAGGACUUCGAGCUUGCGGGGGCCCUAAUGUCGUUCAACGCGCUUGGUGAGCAGUUCCUGAGCAUCGAGGAAGGCAAUGUCUCGCUGCGCUCGGAGGUGGAGUUCGCAGAAAUGUCACGUCUUGCCCACCACCAACACCUUAUCAAAAGAAAGGAGCGUGCGCUGACGUUUGCCCGUCGAGCCGCACUGGCCCAACGAGCGGCUGAAGCUGAACACCAACAGAAACAAGCACGCAUUCUACAGCGUCGUGCUCGAGCUUGGGCCCCGUUUGCACGUAUUCUCACAUUGGUCGGUAUUCGUAUCCCUGAUUCCGACACCGUUGUCAAAUCACCUCAGGACAUGCUGGACGAGCUGCAGAAGCACUGGCUCCCGAUUUUUGCCGACAAGCCCGUCGACGAGAUUGGUAUGAAGGAGUUUCGCUCCGACGUGCCGCUCAGCGUGCUCGUGCAUCAGCACCAGGUCCGGACCGACUUCCGUAUCGAGCGUGGACGGCGACGCCAGGGCACGGAGGAGAUGGACAACACUACCUGCACUCGGCUUGCAGCGGCCCUGCGGCCGAUUUCCAGGAAGAACACCGAUUCCAAGAUCUUCGCGGCGGCCAUCAACGAGCAGAUGAAAACUACUGUGGAGCAACGGGCGCACGUUAUACAACAAGGCUUCAUCAGAGGCCGCAACUUCUGCAAUAAUAUAAUGAUCAUGGACACGCUGGGGAGGAUUGCUGGAUGGAGGCCAUCGGCUGGGUCAGAACAUCCAGUCCAGAUCCUGUUCGACAUUGCGGCGGCCUUCCCGUCGCUGGGAAGGCAGUGGUUGUUUGCAGCGCUCGCUAACUUUCAGUAUGCCGAGGGCUUCAUCAAUGCCGUACGUGCCCUUUACGAUGGUGGCCAGGCCAUGAUCACGCUGGACGGCGCCUACCGCUUCAUCCACCAGGUCUUCGACUGCGCAGAAAAGUACGGCCACCUCGCCGUCAAUGUGACCAAGUGUGUGAUCAUCCCCCUUUGGGCUGCUCUUGACGAUCAGGUACGGUCUGUGAUUCGCUUUUUCUUGGCAGAACAGAUUCCAGCUUGGAGUAACUUCUUGAUUGCUGAUGUUGGUGUCUACCUUGGCGCACAUAUUGGACCUGGAGCGACCAAUGAACUGCAAUGGUUGAAGGCGGUCCCGAAGUGGUGGGACCGUCUCUUUGCCUUGUCUACUUCUGGUGCUCCGACGGAUGCACUGGCACGGCUAUAUCAGUCCUCGAGCAUCACGGUCCUGAGCUACCUCGCGCAAUUCUUCUGGCUUCCUAAAGUGGCUCUGACACGAGAAAUACAUGCCCUGCAUCGUGUUCUGCGUAUGCCCCCGAGCACGUUCAGGCUUCAGGAUAUCCUAGCGAUGUCGACAUGGAUGACGUCCCCUUCGCCAACAUCCCUCAAACUGUACAAUGUUGCCACGAUGUGGCGCAUGGCCAACUACACGAUCGUAGGCUGGACGCACUUUCUUGGCUUGCUCGAUGCCAUGGCGGUCCAAUACUGCCCGUUACCUGCAUUUGCGAGGGGACGAUGGUCACCCCCUUUCUGGAAAGAGCCGAUGGCUAUAGUGCAGCGCUACGCCGCCCUGAACUCGGGCCAGUCCCCGCUGCUACCGAUGCGAUCGAGCUCAUCCCUGGAAGCUGCUGCUGAGAUUGCCCGCAAGACGGCUGAGGACGCACGUGCAGCUGGACACCGGCCGCGACCUCAACGAUGCUUCCUUCAACAAAUCACGUCGCGGAUGUUCCCUGAUAGAUUUCAUCAGACCAUCUCCAAGCGCCUGCAAAAGUGGUAUGGCAUGUCGAUAUCCAUGCGGAGUUUGCGGACGAGGUGGCUCCACCUGAAAUCCUUCCUAGCCAAGGGCCUGAGCGAGCCGCUGAAGAUCGAGGUGCUGCAGCCCGUCUGCAGCGCUCGCGUGGUCAUCCACCCGAGCCAGUCGAAAUACAAUAUGGAUUUCGUGGGUUCUGGUAUUGCGGUGGGCCUGGACGUGCGGCAGACGCCCGACGCGGGCGCGAAGCCCAUCAAGUCGAGCUCAGCCAAGGAGACACCGCGUCAUCGGCCAAGGAAUACUUCGAGGUGCAUGGUGUCUUGCAGUACGUCCAAGCCUUGCUUCACGCUAUGA